AAAAAACGAGGUCGGGUUAUUGAGCCGACUUGGAGGCUGGAAAUGAAACUGCCGCGCGGAACUUCAGAUGUCGGCUACCAUAUUCAUCUCCACAGCACCACAACGGCUAGAUGGUAUAUGCGCUUAGAUGAUAUACGCGCUUAUAUUUCCACUUUCGACCGCCACUCACGCGUUUUUGGAGGUGCCGCAUGGCUUUCAAGCCCAAGUAACGGCACUAUCUCUUUAUCUUAUCUUAUCCAAACGUCUCUCAUUGACCUUGAUCAUGAAGUGCAUCAAUUCCAUCCCACAGAGUUGUUCCUCAUGCCCUCAAAGCGGGAGAAGUACAAAUCGGGGCCUAUGUUCACAUGACAGACUUCAAUCUUCGGUGAUGUGAUUUCUCGCCCGUUUCUUCUUGUUUCUGCGAGCUCCGAGGCGUCGAAGCAGUGUGGGAAAUCCGAGUCCUCGCUCUCUAUCUUGACCAUGCAGCUCAAUCUAAUAAAAGCCCGACAUCCGUCGACAGGCCUGAAUUCCAUGCAAUAGGAAAUGAAAUGAACCGCGGUUACUUGACUGACUGCCAACCGUACGGACAACCCCGGGUCGAACAUGCAUCCGGACCUGCCUGCCGGGCCCAGAAGCACGGUCUGUGUCACCAGACUAGGGGAGGGAGACUCGUCUCUGCACACAUAUCGCUGGACCGCGAUGCUCCGCGCCACCGGGCUAUAUUCAGAUAAUCAAAUCAAAACCUUGAUCGUCGUUGUCUGUCGUGUGAGUCCACGACAGCCUGUGAGCCGCGAGGGAUGGCGACAUUCAACCACUACUUCUGAGGCCUGACGUCCUCGUAUCGGGUGC